AUGUCGGAAACUCGAACAUCACUAUUAGUUAUUGGAGCUGGUCUACCAAGAAGCGGAACGUUGAGUAUGAAAAAAGCAUUGGAAAUACUUUAUUCGCAACCAUGUUAUCAUGGAUUUGAACUUGUUACCAGAAAACAAUGUGACAUUGCUAAGUGGCGAACGCUUGUCGAUGAGGUACGAACAACACGUCGUGAGGAGAAGAUACAUAGAUAUUUGAGUGAGAUAUUGGUUGGUUAUGUAGCUGUGACUGAUGUUCCAUCAUGUGCAUUCUACAAAGAGCUGAUGAGUAUAUAUCCGAAUGCAAAGGUUGUACUGACAGUGCGCGAUAAAAACGAUUGGUUGACUAGUUUCCGACAAGUAAUAAUGCCGAAAUCAGACGAUCCAAGUAAAACUCAAUUCGAGGAAGCGAAAAGACGUGCAGGAGUCUCUGUUGAAGUGGACAAACUUACCACUGACUCAAUGAAACUAGCACUUCAGAAAGAUGAUCUUGAUUUUGAUGAUGAUGCAAUGUUACUUGAAUGUUACGUAAAACAUAUCAAGAAUUUUCAGGAAAAUAUAUCAUUUCAACGUCUUCUGGUACAUAGAUUCGAAGACGGUUGGGAACCAUUGUGUAGAUUCUUGAAUGUAGAUAUACCAGCUAACGUGCCAUACCCUAAGACGAAUCAACGGUCCGACUUGCAAAAGAUAAGUGAAUUAUUAAGGAAAUGUGGAUCAAUUGAGGAAGUUGCCAGAACGCAUCCAGAAAUUAUAUAA